AUGAUUCUCCAGGAUAUCGGUCCCAGCUGCAAAGGCAGCAAAAGAGAAGAGCGGUUCAAGCAUCUCAACGUCUUUCAAGCAUGCGAUGACUCGUAUGUGGUGGAUGCGCUUCUAAACGAAGAAGCGAUUCUCCGAUCGCCCUACCACAAGAUCACCGAAGAAGGAAACCGUACCAAGAUCUUUUUGGACAAAAGCGCCCCGGACUACGACGACUUGUUUGGCCACAAAGGAAACGCCGUGGCGCCAGACGACAUUCUAGAGGUGCUCAAGCCGCUGACGUUGAAGAUUCCCAUAAAAUACAGAGAGGAGUUUGGGCCGGACCAGCUUCCGCUGGCAGAGCUUCUUUCGGCGUUGCAGUACUAUGCCAGCCACUUGGAGCUUCCGAAAAACAGCAUGGACGAGACGGCGCUUUUGGCGUUGGGCAUUUUGGCCGAGUCCUGGGCCGAUGAAAUGGUGUCUGAGUCUGUGGCUCUGAUGUUCAUGGAGCUUGCGGAAGAAAACACGCCUGCUUCGGCGGAAGACAUGUAUGGCCCUUCUUCCGACUCGGAUCUUCUAGAUUCGCUGGACGGCGACGUGGUCUGCGGGUCAGACGACGAUAGCGACAUCAUGUCUCUAGAAAUGGAGGAAAGCGACACCGAGGACGAAGAAAGCGAAAGUAAUAAAUCCGACGUCGCCUCGGUCUCUUCGUCUUCGUCUUUCUCCGACUCUGGAACGACGUGCUCCGAUUCGGCUGAGUCUGAGCCUGAAACUGCGACUACAAGAGCUGAUUCAAAAGCUUUUGCGCCUGAAGCUAAAGUUUCUCCUUCUGGUUCUGCUCCUUCUGGUUCUGCUGCAGGUUCUGCUCCGAAUUUUGAUGUGUCUGGUUCUUCUAAUGUGUCCUUUGCGGAGCCUGAAAGAUAUAGUCCAUCACCUUCGCCUUCUCCUCCUAGGGCAUAUGCCUCGGCGGCAUUUCGGGAAGCCACCAAAGUAGCCCCAAUCAUGGAAACACUGACGGAGGAAAGUUCGGACGCCGAGUCGAACACGUCGAUUUAA